AUGUCAUCGCAGAACCAGCAGCAUGAAACAACCGUCUGGCUCUGGCCGACGGGUUUGUUCCCUCGCCGGGUCGUCUAUUACCUCCGCGCAAAGAACAUUACCUCUUCGGUGCUUCACGAGAAGAACAUCCACCUCAUCCCCCUCUUUCUUGACAAAGACGCGCCGACGCCAGACCUCGUCCCCCACCCCGGCCUCGAAGCCCGUCCUACCGGAACCUCGGUGCCGGCACUGCGCAUCACAUACGCCGAUGGCACAAUCUUCUGGAUAUACGAGUCGAAUGCGAUAAUGGAGUACUUCGAAGAAGUCCUCAGCGUGGACAAUGGGUAUCUGGACGUGAGGGGCGCAACUAUCCAACAACGGGCUCGGACGAGAGACAUCUUGAGCCUGCUCUCCGAUGUCAUCACUUGGAGCAACGUCGCGCUUGUACAUUCGGAUCCGAACACGUUGUCCUGGUCGGGCUUGACAGAGGGUGAGAUGAGUGAGAGCGCGGCAAAGCAUGCGCGUGGCAAGUUCCACAUGCUCUUGUCGCGGUUGGAGGCUCGGAUACAAGGAGACGUGGUUGGCAACAAGAGCGAAAGUUUGAGUGGUGAUGGCGCAAACGUCACAUUAGCGGACCUCUGCAUCAUGGCCCAGGUGGAGUAUAUGCAGGAGAUGUAUGGUCUCGAUUGGGUGGCCGAACAUGGGGUGUUAAGGGUCUGGUAUGAUAGGACUAAGGGACAGAAUUGGGUUGCCAGUAAGAGUGCGCUGCAGGACGUUGAAAGAACGGUCAGAACCACAGUCUUCCCAGAACCCGUCGAUGAGAGCUCUAUUCGUCUUCUCCGGUUCUCGCAGCCAGAAGAUGGCGUCUUCGUUGGCAAGCUGCAGAAGUUCGCCAUCGCCAGCGCCCCUCAUUAUUACACAGCCAGCUAUGUGUGGGGCGAGCGCAAGUACAAAGGUGCAAAGAUUAAUCUGAAGACCGGAGGACUACCCAUACUAAACAGCCUGGUACCAUUUAUUCACAUGGUCACCCGCCAUGGCGACUUCAAGACCACAGACUGGUGGUGGAUUGACUCGCUGUGCAUCAACUUGGAUGAUCCCAGCGAACGCGAGAAACAGGUGCGCAUCAUGGCAGACAUCUACAAAAGAGCCAGGCGAGCAAUAGUCUGGCUGGGUGAGGAGAAAGAAGACGGUAGCGACUGCACCGAUGCCAUCGACUUCAUGCACUACCUGUCCACCUUGCAGAUCGGGUUCAAUGGGGACGACCUUGCCAUGCGCAAGAAACUCGAGAACCCAGAGUUCACCGAUAAGUGUGCCGCCGUCAGUAAUCUUCUCGCCAGGCCGUGGUGGACAAGGGUCUGGACGUUACAAGAGUUUGUCUUGCCAAAGGAGGCGAAACUCUACUGUGGCGUGGAUAGUAUCAGUCGCGGAAGAUUCAAAAGCGCCAUCUAUAGCAUCUUCCUUUGCAGCACCAUCAGCAAGGACUUUGAACACGAGCUUGUUCCGCGAAAGCUCUUUGAUGGAGCCUUCAAUCGCCGCCGCAUUCAUCAAUGGCACACCAAGCCAGCCUCGAUCGGCAUCAACCUGAUCGCCAUCAUGGCGUACCUGGGUAAUCACUCCGCCACCGACAGUAGAGAUCGCAUUUACUCCGUGCUAGGUUUGAUCACUGAACAAGACCGAGCGCUCAUCGGACCUGCCGAAUAUACCACCAGUAUUGCGCACCAAUUUGCACGACUCGUUCGCUCUUUCUGGACCGUCCAUCGGUCCCUGGAUAUCGUCUGCUUCGCGCAUUUGUUCUGUCCUAACGCCGCAGUCAGCGACCCCGGUGUCGAAGAUCCUGUGCCUACCUGGUCUCCGGACUGGAGGACGACAAUCGACUUCGCUUCGCCUGUGCCGCUGAUGGCAAGCCAAAGUGCGUGUGAGCACAUUGGAAACUUCAGACCGCUACGAUCAACACGCUGGAAAGCAAUCUACGAUGCUCCUGGAGAGACACUGAGGAAAGAAGCAGAUGUUUCAUUUUCCGAGGACUUGAAGGAACUCCACUGCAACGGUGUCGUGUUGGACACUAUUCACGGGCUCGGCGGGCUUGACGAGCGCGAAUUGCGAUGCGAGAGCUUUGUCUGCCGCGAGGCCGGUCAUGACUUGAUGCAGUCACAAGAAUACCAGCAUAGUGCUUCGCGAGUCGCAAAGCAGCCUGCUGAGUGGCUUGAAGCUAUAGCGCGGUCCUUGGUUAUCGACCGUCGAGACAAAUACCUCUGCUUCCAGGCGCCAUCGCACUACAUCAGCGACUUCCUCUUCCUCUGUCAUGCCUGUGUUGACGGCGAUCCUGUCGACUGGAGCUUUGCAACAUGGUUUGAGCGCAACCGUCAUGUGAUGUUCGGCAACAUGUCGCUCGAAGACAUAGUCCGACAGAUACCCACCAAAUUUUCUUCACCUGCCCCAACACUGCAUCGGCCACCGUCGCAUCCCGUACAUCAGAUGAACGACAAGCUCGAUACCUUUCUCUCACGCUUCCACGAUACUGUGCGGAAGAAAGUGCGCCGGCUGAUGGUCACCGAACAAGGCUACGUUGGCAUGGCGCCGUGUCGCGCAAGGCCGGGCGAUGUCGUGGCUAUCUUGUUCGGAUGCAGCAUCCCGCUUGUCCUGCGGAAAGUGGCUUUGCAAGCUGCGUGGCAGGUUGUCGGCGAGGGCUUUGUACAUGGCCAAAUGAAUGGCGAGAUCGCAGACGAGCUGAAGAGCGGGACGCUCAACGUACGUCGGUUGAGGCUAGUCUGA